GAUUGAGUUUAUAAAUAAUAAUAUGCAGGUAAAAGUCAACUGCUUUGCAGCAGAGAUCCCCAUCAGUGAAGCAUUCCGCCACUAUUUCUUUUUUUAAAAAGAGUCUUUUCUUUCUCUCUCUUUCUUUUUUUUUCGUUUUCUUUAUUUUCAUAAAGUUGCAUACAUUAUACAUACAUUGGUAUAAAUGGAAGGCAUGUAUCAAAACAAUCUUUAUCCUCAACAACAACAACAACAGCAGCAGCAAACUUCAUCUUAUAUGAUACCACCUAACCAUUCAUCCGAUCAUACUUAUUCUCACUAUGGCUCAUACCACCGCACAAGUGCAUUCUCAGAUGCUAGAUCAUACCAGCCUACUAGUUCUGCACCACCCUCAAGUACAUCUUAUCAUUCGGCUGGACUGAAUACAUCCGAUAAUUAUCCUUCUGAUUUCCAUCCUCCUACUCAAUACAGUCCUUCUUCUUCUUUGGCUUGGCCUUCUAGUAACAGCCAUCUGUCUUGGAACACAUCAAGCCCUCCUUCUGCUUCUUCUUCGCGACACAAUAGUUACAGUAGUAGUAAUGGUUAUCCUUCCCUUAUCCACGGCCCUCCUAUGCAAAGAGCAAAAUUAACCACGACUGUUUGGGAGGAUGAAGGCACUGUGUGUUAUCAAGUUGAUGCCAAAGGUGUGUGUGUUGCUCGUCGACAAGAUAACGACAUGAUUAAUGGCACUAAAUUACUGAAUGUGGUGGGCAUGUCUCGAGGCAAACGUGAUGGUAUCCUCAAGAACGAAAAAGGCCGUGUGGUUGUCAAGGUGGGUGCUAUGCAUCUCAAAGGUGUUUGGAUCACAUUUACUCGAGCAAAAGACUUGGCCACCAAAUUUAAAAUUGUAGAUAUUCUUUAUCCUCUUUUUGUAGAAGAUCCUAGUGUCUUUUUAACCACUCCACACGCAGCAACAAAUUUGCCUGUCAUGUCACCACCCAACACAUUAACUCCAAGAGCUUAUCAAAGUACAAACAGUUUUGGUUCUUUUUCUAUGUCUUCAUGGGAAAAGCAAUCCCUUCCUACCCUUCCUCCUCCUCCACCACCACCACCAGCACACGAUCAAAUGCUUAUUCGAUCUCAAGCCAAUGAAAGUGGCAGUUGUAGUCCUGUUCCUGGUACCCUUCUGCCUUCCCACCAAGAGAAUGACAUGUAUCUCCUGAGCCACCAUACUACUCGACCAUCUUACCAUUCAAACGCGUAUGCUUUGUAUGACCCUCCUCCUUCAGGAACUAGUCAGACGCCGUUUCCUUAUACGCAGCGUAAAGCAGAGAAGGAACAAAGAAGAAGCAGUAUUGAUUUUCCUAGCAGCCCUCCACCUGAAAGCACAAGUAUGAAAUACACAGCAUUGGAUACCAGUUGGCAAGAAACAAGACAAUUGCAUGAAAAAAUCAGUUCCCCACAUAAAAAGAGUUCUCCAUUAGGUAUGUAACUUUCAUUCCCUACGUUGAUUUACUCACCCUUAUCUCUGAAGCACGUCACCUUUUAUCCAAUGAAUUGGAACACACAAGAAAAAGAUCACAGCAAGAUAUCUGUCUAAAUCAACCUAAACGUAUGCGAAGUGAUUUGACUUCCUCUUGAUAAUAAAAAUAAUAAUAAAAAUAUAUAUUUAUUAAAU